AUGGCAGCCCAAAGCUGUGAAAUCAACGGCUACCACAUUCCGGAGGGCUCAACUCUUCUCGUGAACGUUUGGGCCAUAGCCCGUGAUCCAGAUGUGUGGACCGAACCCACAUUAAAGUUCCGGCCCGAGAGGUUCUUACCCGGUGGGGAAAAGGCCCAAGUGGACGUGAAGGGAAAUGACUUUGAAGUUAUACCAUUUGGUGCUGGACGGCGCAUUUGUGCCGGGAUGAGCCUCGGGCUGCGAAAGGUCCAACUACUGACGGCAACCCUAAUUCACGCCUUCGAUUGGACGUUGCCUGAUGGACAGUUGCCGGAGAAGCUGAACAUGGACGAAGCAUAUGGACUGACCUUGCAACGGGCUGCACCCCUGAUGGUGUACCCUCGACCGAGGCUUGAAGCCCACCUCUAUCAGGCCUAG